UGUAUUUGUUUUGUUUUCAUUUGCUUUCCCCCAAUUUUUGGCUUUUGGCAGCUGCUUGACCAACACUGUUUUGGCGCCAAACACUUCAUCAUCCAUACAAUUUUUCCACUGUCGGUCGAGAGUUUAUACAUAAUUUUUUAAUUAAUAAAUGGCUUACGAACGCAGCUCAUUGCGAUACGCACAUACCAAUGGAUUCACAAGUCUCAUUUUCACAGAGGAUGGCGAAUUCAUCAUUACCUGCGGCUCUGAUGGCGAUAUUCGUAUGUGGCGCGGCAUAGAUGACGAUGAUCCCAGCUCCACUUGCCUAGGUGAGUUUGUUGUGUGUAUUGCGCAUAGCAAAAAACGUCUACUAGCUUCCACAGAUAGAAACACUGUGCAAGCAUACACAUAUCCAGAAUUAGAAAAUGAUGGCACCUUAAUGCGUUUUACGGCACCAGUGACUUGCCUCCGUGCCCAUGAGAAGUAUCUCGCUGCGGGCUCAGAUGAUACAAAUAUUAAGGUUUUAAAAAGUGAUGAUGGUAAAAGCGAAUUGCAUUUACAAGGGCACAGUGGGCCCCUGCUGGGGCUUGAUAUCUGCCACGAGGGUGAAUUCCUUGCUUCCAUCGGAGGAGACGGUCAGCUGAAAAUUUGGAAUUUAGAACAGGGAGGACUAGAAGUGAAAAACAUCAGUGGCUUGCCGAAGGCAAAUAGUUUUGAGACUGCAGAACAAUUCGGAACCCCAUGCUUUGAGCCACAAAGGAGCAAGUCGUUAGCUUAUGUCCACGGGAAAGAAGUCUUCGUGUUGAAUACGGACACAUGGGAAGUGAAGUUUACGCUGUCCGAUGAACGAAUCAAGGGAGAAUAUACAUGUUGUAAUUUUUCAAAGGAUGGGCAAUACCUAGCGGCGGGUACAACAAAAGGCGAAGUAAGCGUUUUCGAUUUUCUGCGCAAACAGCCCUUAAAAACGGAACCGCCGACUAGCGAGUGUCAGUCCAUCACUUGCAUAAGUUGGAACGCAGCAGGAACUGAAUUAGCAUUUUGCGAUAAUACUGGACAACUGGGAACAUUGUUUCGUACGAAAGGUGGAAAUGGUGCCAUAUUCGCAGAUGGUGAAGCGGAGGAAGUUGAUUUUGGGGAUAUUGAAUUCAACAAUGAUGAAAAUGACGACAUGGCAAGCGGCAGUGGCUUGGGCGCAGGUGAAGGAAACGAUGGGGAUGAUGACGAUGACGACGGGAUAUCAAUAGAGCGAUUAAAAAACCAAGUGAUGCGCAAGGCAGGCGGGUAUGCUGAUGACCAAGAUGAAAAUACGCGCCAUUCCUUAACAAAAUCUGUGAAUGGCGAUAUUGAGCCACAAAUAUUGGUGAAGACGUUCAAGCAACAGCCUGCAUUCCAACCAGGCGCAACACCAACCCAUCUGGAACAUCGUUAUCUUGCAUGGAAUGAAGUAGGCAUUGUAACAGCCCAUACGGAAGGUACUGACGGUUCACUAGAUGUGGAAUUUCACGACGCCAGCGUUCAUCACUCCCUGCAUAUACCGAACUACAGCAACCAUAAUAUUGCCAGCUUGAGCACGAGCGUACUGGCAUUGUCUGCUGAAAAUUCAACUAAAUUGGUUUGCAUCGCACUCGCUGCAUCCGGCAAUAAGGAAUGGUCUGUCACAUUUCCUGAUUGUGAAAGCACUGAGGCAUUGAUCGCUACUAAUAAACUCGUAGGUGUUGCCACUAGCAUGCAGUUUCUUCGUCUUUUUACAGUAAUGGGCACCCAGCGUGAAAUCAUAUCCAUUCCCGGACCUGUAGUGGCGCUUGCUGGCCAUGAAGAUCGUAUACUUGUAUUGUACCACAGCGCGCCACCUGGUACCAUGCAGCAGCAUUUAUCUGCUAUGCUUAUACAAACGGCUGGAAUGCAGUUGCGCACACAACAUUUGGCAGUACCGUUGACGCCAGAGCGUCGGCUGACAUGGCUAGGAUUUUCGGAUUGCGGUUCGCCGGUAUUUGCUGAUUCUAUGGGUUUGUUACAGUUGUACAGCCUUAAAAGUCAAUGUUGGUAUCCAAUCUGCGAUACUCUGAAACAAAGUCAGAGCGUUUCAAAUUAUUACUUUGUCAUUGCUGUGUCCGAACGCAGUCAAAUUAUACAAGCUGUUUUGUGCCGUGGCAGCUCGUACCCAAUGACCAAUCCACGCCCGAUGACCCAGGAACUUACAAUGCAGCUACCAAUAUGCGAUGUUGAAGUGGAAAAAUCUGAACUGGAGGAUACUUUGGUACGGGCUUCUAUUAUGUCUAUAGAAAAUCCAGAGAAAACUAUCAAAGAAACGGCAAUCAAAUUGUUCGCAUUGGCUUGCCGUACUGAAGUGGAAAUGCGUGCAAAAGAACUUAUUGAAACUAUUGCCUGUCCAGACCUGCUGCUCUUGGCUGUCAAGUAUGCUACGAAGUUGGGCCGUAUUCAUCUCUCCGAUCGCCUGUCAGAACUCAUGCCACAAAUCGAAGAACAAAGUCAACGCGAACGACAAGAAUUACACGAAUUUCAGCAGAACCACGUUACACUCUCGCCAGUUGUUCGUUCCCAAAGUCCCAGUUUUGGUAACAGUUCAACGAGUGGCAAUCGAAUUGCGCCAAAAGCUAUGGAGCUAACACAUGCGAGACGUGCAUCACUGAAACGUUUUGCCAUGUCUAAUUCCCCAGUUACCUUUGGCAAAAAAUCGGCAGUAAUUAAUGGGACUGAUCACUCAGCAUCUCCCACACUUACAGCAACAAAUACAGAAUCAAUUGAAUCCCAAGAAAACAUGCCAGAUAAGAAUCCCGAAAAGUUGGAUACCAGUAAUGAUGAACUAAAAGAAGUCACACGCACUCCGCUCAAUGCCGUUAAUCCAUUUGCGGCCAAACGCAAGCACUCGGAGAUCGACGCAGCGAAUAAGGGGGGUGUUUUAAUUAAUGGGGGCAAGCUGAAGAUUGCAAAAAAAUAAAUACGUUUAAUACCAAACUUUUUUUUUAAUAUAGCUUUUUAAAUUAUUGUA